AUGCAGAGACCAGGCGGCCAAGGGACGGCGUUUUCAAUCGACUCUCUGAUAGGGACCCCUCAGCCCAGACCGGGACACCUGCUCUACACGGGCUACCCUAUGUUCAUGCCGUACAGACCUUUGGUAAUUCCACAAGCUUUAUCCCACUCGCCUUUGUCGUCCGGUAUACCUCCACUCGCGCCUUUGGCUUCUUUUGCGGGACGGCUCACCAACACGUUCUGUGCCAGUUUGGGACAGGGAGUGCCAUCCAUGGUUGCGCUCACCACGACGAUGCCAAGUUUCUCGGAUCCUCCGGACAGUUUCUACCCACCGCAAGAACUCCCAGGUCCCCGUUUAAGCGCCGCCGACCCCGGAGCGAGGAGGCAGGAAAGUCCGCACUCUGAGGAGCUGCACAGCCGGGACAAGGGCUCCGACCUGCUGAACUUCUCGGAAACUUUUCAAACGAUAUCAGGCGAGACCAAACUGUACAGCUCAGACGACGAGAAGCUGGACCUAAAAUCAGCAGACACCGUGUGCAGUGACCGAGAGGACAGCUCCGCAGACAGCGAGAACGAAAGUUUCUCGGACGGGAACAACUGUGGCUCCUUGUCCCAGAAGAGCAAACUAAAAACCGGCUCGCAGGACGCGCUACCGACCGGCAGCUCCGCGGGGAAGAGCCGGAGGAGACGAACAGCUUUUACCAGCGAGCAGCUGCUCGAACUUGAAAAGGAGUUUCACUGUAAAAAGUACCUUUCUCUGACUGAACGCUCCCAGAUUGCACAUGCACUUAAACUGAGCGAGGUGCAGGUGAAGAUCUGGUUUCAGAACCGCAGGGCCAAAUGGAAAAGGAUCAAAGCCGGCAACGUUAACAACCGGUCAGGAGAACCGGUGAGAAAUCCUAAAAUUGUGGUCCCCAUCCCUGUGCACGUCAACAGGUUUGCUGUGAGGAGUCAGCACCAACAAAUAGAACAAGGGACCAGGCCAUGA